UAUGCUGGAUUUCGUAUCACAAAAUCACAAGUCAAACACUUCCCAAGUGUCUAGGACUGUGUGAUGUAUUUUCGGAUGAUGCAUGCAGAUCCCAGUAGGGUGGCCUUUUGCAGUUGGCAGAUCAUGAUUUUGUCAAUGUCUAUUGUUUCCAAAUGCUGGCUGAGAUCUUUUGGCACGGCACCCAAUGUGCCAAUCACCACCGGGACCACCUGCACUGGUUUCUGCCAGAGUCUUUGAAGUUCAAUCUUGAGGUCCUGAUAGCGGCUGAGUUUUUCCUGUUGUUUUUCGUCAAUGCGACUGUCACCUGGGAUGGCGACAUUAUUAUUAUUAUUAUUAUUAUUAUUAUUAUUAUUAUUAUUAUUAUUAUUAUUAGUCCGUGCUCCCGGGAAGGCUCUCCCGCUGUGGCUCCCCACCUAUCUAUCUGUCUGCCUUGCCACAUAUUCUCUACAUUGUGUGUAUGUGUAUAUAUAAGAUAUACAUACACACACACAGACACACAUACAAACACAUAUGCAGGGACCAUAUGUGAUUGAUAUUACACAGACACAAAUAUAUAUUCUAUUCACCUCUACCUUCUACCUUUUAUUUUUCAGUGAUAGGUUUUGGGGGGACGCCAAAAAUACUGCUUGCUUACACCUGAAAAUUACUUAGGGCCGGCCCUGCUUAUUGAUCUACUCACAUUUGCAUGUUUUUGAACUGCUAGGUUGAAAGAAGCUGGGCUAACAGCGGGAGCUCACCCCGCUCCCUGGAUAAAGUGGUAUCAAACAGCAUUCUUUCCACAGUAUAGAUGCACUCUAUGCCUUGUUAUCAGCAUCAAACAUAUUUCAAGGAACUUUGGCAGCCUUCCCAGAACCAAACAAUACAAGCCUUUAUGAAAGCAUAAGCUUCAAGCAAUUUCAACGUCCCUAAGGCGGACUCAGACGUAGCAUUGGCAGCUAAAGUGGCACGAAAGUCUUGUGAUUCUGCAGUUCAGCUUUAGAAAAGGGGAGUGAAAUAAGAGAUUGUGGGUGGAGUUUUUAUCAACCACUUAAUUUCCCAAAUACUGUUCAUGACCACCCUUUGCUCUAGAUACAGAGCAGUCAAACAGGAUCCUUCUCUGUAAUUUUUCAUGUGUAAAAACAAAACAGCCACGGAGAGUCUAAUGUCUGCCUCCUGGAACUUCGCUCAGCUUUUCCAGCUCACUGUUGCUCUGAUCCUGACCUGUGUGGCUCUGAAAGCCAUCCAACUGUUUCAGACAAGGAAAAAACUGCUGAAGGGGCUGAGGGAUUUCCCAGGGCCUCCCACUCACUGGCUCUAUGGCCACAUCCAUAUGAUGGGCCUCCAGAAAGAACUAAUAAGUAUACAGAAGUGGACAGAAGAAUUUCCAAGAUGUUUUCCUGUAUGGUAUGGAGGUUUCUUAGCUGGUUUAGCGAUCAACCACCCUGAGUAUGUCAAAGCAGUAUACAGCAAAGGAGAUCCAAAAUGUCCUAUAUUUUAUCAUGGCUUGAUUCCAUGGAUUGGGAAAGGUUUAUUGCUCCUGGAAGGGCCAAAGUGGCAACAACAUCGGAAGCUACUCACGCCAGGAUUUCAUUAUGAGAUUCUGAAGUCUUAUGUGAUUCCAGUGGCUGAGUCUGUCAAAGUGAUGCUGGCUAAAUGGGAGACAUUGUCCUCGCAAGACAAUGAAGUAUCUGUGGAAAUAUAUAACCAUGUCAACCUGAUGACCCUUGACAGCAUCCUGAAAUGUGCCUUCAGUUUCCAGAGCAACUGCCAGAUGGAUAGGGACAAUUUCCAUGUUAAAAUUAUCCAUGAUCUCGCCUUCCUGAUCAAUGAGAGAACUCUUGUACCCCUGUAUCAAAAUGAUUUCAUUUACUCAUUGAGCUCCCAAGGACGUUGGUUCCACAAAACCUGCAAAUUAGCUCACCUUCACACAGAUAAAAUUAUUCAAAAAAGACAAGAAUCCCUCAAGGCUGAAAACAAGACAUUGUUCAAAGGGAAGCAUUUUGACUUUCUGGAUAUCCUUCUUUUGACAAAGGAUGAAAGGGGAAAUCCAUUACCUCAAGAAGAUCUACGUGCCGAAGUGGCCACUUUCAUGUUUGCAGGUCAUGAUACUACAGCUAGUGGGAUUUCAUGGCUGUUUUACUGCAUGGCUCAAAAUCCUGAACAUCAGGAGAGAUGCAGGGAAGAGAUAAAAGAAGUCCUCAGGGACCAAGAAACCAUUCAAUGGGAUAACCUAGGAAAGCUAACAUACACCACUAUGUGCAUCAAAGAGAGCCUUCGGCUUUACCCACCAGUACCCUUAAUAGCUCGAACAUUGGAUUCACCUCUGACAUUUGAUGAUGGACGAACCCUGCCAAAAGGUUUUCUAGUUGGAGUGUGUAUAUUUGCUUUGCACAGAAAUUCUGAAGUAUGGGACAACCCUAAGGUAUAUGAUCCCAUGCGGUUUUCCCCAGAGAAUUCAUGUUUGCGCCAUCCUUACGCAUAUCUCCCUUUUUCUGCUGGGUCAAGAAACUGCAUUGGGCAGCAGUUUGCCAUGAUGGAGAUGAAAGUGGCUCUUGCAUUAACAUUGCUCCGGUUUGAGCUGAAACCAGACCCAGCAAAUCCUUCAAUUCCAGUGGCUCAGAUAGUCAUACGCUCCAAGAAUGGAGUACAUCUGAAACUGAAGAAGCUUCAAUGACAUAUAAUGCUGUGUACUUUUUAUACCAUCAGAGUCAUGUUCCACCCUGCAAUUAAAAGAAAAAUUAAACCCAAUAUGAAGAAUCUUA